UGGCAUUAACAAAGAAUUCGCCCUUCAAAUCAAACACAGAUAAUCAUUACAGCUGGUUGUCAAUUCCUACAAUAAACAUUUUAACUGAUAGUAAAGGAAUUAAACAGUGUAUAAAUCCCAUGAAAAUUUAUACGUUUACUUUGUUACUUGGUUAAAUUUGUCCAAAGAUAACCGAAACAAUACCAUAAUGUCUGGUACUGCUGAUAAGCCCGAUGAUGAAUUAAAUUAUGAAGAGUAUAAAAAGCUGGAUAUCUCCAAGGAACAAUUAAAAAUGCUUAAAUCAAUUUUUGACUCCUUUGACUUGGAAAAGAAGAAGGAAAUCCCUGUUGACAUGAUUGGACAAAUUCUAGACAUGUUGGGUCAUCGUCUCACUCCAGAUGAAUUACAGGCAAUUGUCAAAGAAAUUGACGAAGACGGUAACGGAGUAAUGAAUUUUGAUGAAUUUGCACACUUGUCUGCAAGGUUUCUUGUUGAAGAAGAGGAAGAUACUGAAGCAAUUCUAAGGGAACUUAAAGAUGCUUUUCGAUUAUAUGAUAAAGAAGGAUUGGGUUAUAUAUCUGUGGAUCUCUUAAAGGAUAUCUUAAAGGAGCUGGAACCAAAUCUAUCACCAGCAGAUCUGAAUGAAAUGAUCAAAGAAAUUGACACUGACAACUCUGGUACAGUUGAUUGGGAAGAAUUCAAAGCUAUGAUGAUUGGUUAAAUGAAUAUAAAGCACCGCAAAUCCUGUAAUAAAAAAUAAUUAAUAAAAAGACUAAAAGUGUU